GUAAAUUCCGGAUAAAAGCGCAGCUAUCUUUUCCGUUUUUAUGAUCCAUUUUUUGUUUUCGGAUAAUUCUUUCUAAUCGAUAAGAUUUUGAAGUCAAGAAAGAUAAAGAUUUGUUUGUUCAGGGAUGCUUCUUAUAAAAAAAAGGAAUUGAUGGAACAAAACUAAAAAUUUAUUAAAACCUGACAUACCAUUUCCCGAAAAUAAGUAAGUCUAAUUUGUUGAUUCUAUCUUUGCUUGUUUUUUAUAUAUGAAUGACGUAACGAAAAACGACGGCUAGUUUGAAACACACACAUACAGAACAACACAUGCAAGCGUAGAUUUUUGGGCAAAAAUAGCAAUAUCGACUAAUCUACGAAAUAACGGGAUAAAACAAUCGAGUUCCAGUUUUAUCACUAAAUUUCAAUAAAUUGUUCUUGAGAAUGAUUAGAAUAGAGGGCUUAAUUUGACACUACAGACUGACAGACAACAACAACAUCUGCUUUCUGGUCCAGUUCGAAUUUAGUGUGUUGAAAAUAGCCGCCUUUGCAGUCGCGAAAGAGUAUACAAGUAAUUUAACGAACACAGGAAAUACAAACGAACUAAUUUCUUUAACAAGCCAUACAGUGUUUUUACAGUAUUAUUCUGUGUAUACUUUUGCUUUUACGAAAACUAAAAGCGCGUUGUCAUCUUCAAAGAUAUUCUUCCCUCCCACGUGCUUGUUUCAAUGGAACUUUGUUUUCGGGUGAGUACAAUGUAUAAUCGAUACGAUCUUUCAAACACUAAAAUACUCUACGAACAGCAUAACAUGACGUUGUCCGCGGUCAGACUAAUAAUUAAUGUUGUCUUAAUAAAAAUUCAAAUAACGACAGUCUGUUUAAAAGAGAACACUGUAGUCAUGCUAUUCGUGGGAAACUUGGAUAAAGAAAGUCAACUCCCCGAUCCCUCUUAAACAACGAGAGAACCUAUUAUAGUGUUGCUACUAAAUAAAUUCAUUUGUGAUCAAUUUCAACAUAUAAACAUUUUCCACUCCCGACUAUUAGAUUUCGAGUUUAAAAGAGAUUUCUAUCUUCUGCCCUCCCCUUCGCCCCAACCUUUCACAACUAGGCUUCACAUUGUUUGCGAACGCUAGAUUUAAUAUUAACAAAAAUCAUUAGCAGGACAAACCAUUGGGUUGUCGAAGUGACAGGCGGUUUUACUACGAACACAUCCAUUUAACCAUCAAGUGUAUAUUUUACAAAAAAAGUCUAAAACUGACUAUUGCGUAAUGCGAGUCACGUUGUGGUAACCCAAAACAUAAAGUAAGUUUAUCUCUCUUCAAAAACUUAAAAAUUUGCUGAACAUAACGAUAAACAUACCUUUGCAACAAAAUCAAAGGGAAAGUUACAAAACUUGAUACGCGAGAAGAAGUUUAAUUGACUGAGUGACUUUCUUUUCUUCCGUCAUGUCUUGAAAUAGAAAUUUAAGAAGUGACCUCAAGUAUCUGUAAUGUUUGAACCCAACAGAUUCCAUAUUUGGAGGUUUUACCAAAUAAGGAAUAAAUAAGUUAUAUUGAUUCUUAAUACUAAGUAGAUAAUGAAGAAUAAUUCGUAUAAAAGCUUGUUCGUAUACAUUUUGAUACUAAAACCCUUUUUAAAAGUUAAAAGUCAAAUUAAUGGAACACCAGGAAAUUUGUUUUUUUACAAUUGGUUUUAACACUGGUCAAACAGUAUUCCAUGUGUAACGUAAUGUAAAAAAAAAACAAUCUUUAUUGCAUUUAUUCAACACAGUGAUUGUUAAAGCCUGGGAAAAAGAAUACACAGAAAGAAACUAUUAUUUUGAUGGAUUCAUGUGAUGAUCAAAAAAGGAGUGGGUACGAAGUUAAUUUAAUCGAUGAUUUACCACAAAGAUUAAAAUGUCCACUUUGCAAGAAUCUGAUAAGAAAACCCAUUCAAACACAAAGAGGAGAAUUGGCAUGUCAAUUUUGUUAUGACGUCAACAAAAGAGACAACAUAUGUCCAAUUGAUCACGAACCAAUCACAGACAACACCGUGCACCGUGAUCGAUUUCAAGAACAGAUUAUCAUGAAAAUGAAUUGUUAUUGCAUUAACAGAGAAAGAGGAUGUGAAUGGCAAGGUAUUGUUGCUGAAGCGGAGGAUCAUCAUUCGCUUUGUCCCUACAAACCUUCAAAUUGUUGUUUCUGUCAACUGGAGAUAAAAGAAAAGUCCACAGAUGAACAUCUCACACAGUGUCCAACAUUAAUUGAAGUGUUCAAAGACGGAGCGUGUUUUUUUCACAGCAUAGGAUGUCCUUUUCGGCCUUCGUGUAUCGAAAAACUUGCGAGACACUUACAACGUGACGCGUAUCAACAUACCUACUUGCAGCAAGUCAAACUAACUCAAUAUAAAACUGAAUCAGAAAAUCAACAAAUGGAAUACAAACAGAUUGCAAAUAAUACCAAAGAGAUGGAAAAAAGCUUCAAACGUCAAAUUGAAAAUUUAACAUCUCAACUUACUUCCAUUCAGACGCAAAUGGUUAGGAUGCAACAAAAUCUUAGAGAGUCUGUAACUACAAUAUCAAAUAUUGAAAACAAACGACCAAUUAAUGGCGAGCACAAACAGCAGGAUAUGUUAAAGACAUUUCAAGAUUCAAUUGGAGAUGUAAGUGAGAAGAUGUCAACAAUUGAUUUGAAACAACAAUUACUUGAGAACACGACUUAUGAUGGCCGAAUUUUGUGGAAGAUUGAUCAAUUUGAACACAGGAUGCAACAAGCCAUUACAGGGAAGGUUACCGCACUACAUAGCGCGCCGUGUUUUACAAAAAGAUAUGAAUAUAAAUUUUGCGGUCGCUUGUAUCUUAAUGGUGACGGAAUUGGAAAGUGUUCGCAUCUAUCCCUGUUCUUAGUAGUAAUGAAAUCAGAGUAUGAUAAUUUACUGGAUUGGCCAUUUAACAAGCAUGUUAUGUUUCGCCUAAUCAAUCAACAGAAUUAUGAGAAAAGCAUUCAAGAAAGUUUUCUUCCUGACAGUAACUCUUCUAGUUUUCAAAAACCAGUCAGAGAAAUGAAUGUUGCGGCUGGGUGUCCAUUAUUUAUCACAAAAGAGAAGUUGUAUGAUGAAGGAUUUGUGAAAGAUAAUUGCAUUUUUAUCGAAAUAUCUGCCAAAUGAAUCUUUUGAGCUGGAUUUAACAAGAAGCAGAAUUUUACUAUUGACUUCUACACUGUCAGCAUAUACCAUGAGGUUGAUUACCUGCUGACAGUUUUGUAGAUUUACUUCUUCAACACGCGAUUUUUUAAAGAUUAGAUUCACUCGAAUUUUGUUUAUAAUAGGAAAGUGGUUUGAACGCUAAAACAACAGGCUUGCUCAAGCAAAGAGGUUGUAAGUAUUUUUAAGCGUCAAUAAGAAUUCUAUUUAUGCAAACUCAACUUCUUUCUCGAAAUUUAUUUUGUCAAGUCUUUUACAGAGUUUAUGAUAUAUAACAUAUUAUAAUAUAUAACAUAUUAUAAGUUAUUAUAUAAUUGUUGUUGUCUUUUUUACUAACUCGGACGCAAAAUAAUGCCAUUUGGUACACGAAAUGCUUAGAGUGAGAAGUAAUUUAUAUAAAGUAUAGUACUGAGCCUAUUUAUCUUUUUUCAUCUUAGUCUAACAUAUAUUUAUAUAAUUUAUUGUUGUUUUUUAUAAUAUAUUAUAUUUAUUAUUUAUUCGUUUGGUAAGAAGUUUCAAAGCGCAAUUUAUUGAAGAGUUUUGUGUGGUGAUUUAUCGUUCGUCUUUUGAGAAAGGAAGGAUAAAAUUGGUGUCCAUUUGAAAGUUGCAUUUUAACUAAAGAAUUAUUUGGCUACAACUACACAAUUACUGUUCAAUGAAAUGAAAUAAGUUAUAUUUCCAGAAAGGAGCACAAAGCUGUCUGUUGUGUCUAUACUAUUUAUAAGUGCAAGGGAAAACUCAUAAAUUGCACACUAAAUUUCAAUCCAACGUUGAGAUUUUCCCCACUCCUACCUCUAUUUCUAAAAUCCCAAGCACUCAGAGAACUCCUGUAAAGCGUGUUGACGAUAAGUUUGUUCAAUACUUUCUAUUCUCUAAAAAAUCGAUGUUUACAUUAUGAAUAUUUAAACGUCAAAAGAUACAACUUUUUUUCUCCCAAACGUUUCAUUGACAUUUAGAAUGGUGCACUACGAUUUGUGGCUCAUCCCUAACUAAUAUAUCUAACUAUAUAUUUAAAUAUCGCAGUAAUGUAUAACUUUAUUAUUUGUUUAUAUAUAUAUAUUUAUAACUUUAUAGAGAGUAUACUAGUUUAUCUUAUAAAUUUUCGGUCCUCAAAUGUGAUUGGUCUAGCAAAGGUAACUACAAAAAGUAGUUUUCGCCAUAAAAGUUUUAGGAACUUAUUCAACUGCUUGAAAAAUUUGUUGAAAAUAAAAAAACGCUAUGUAGGCUUGUUCUUCUGUUUAGCUUUUGUAAGCUUCUUGUGUUUAGUUUCCAAGGUUUAUAUUAGCACAGUUUUGUGCCAGUUAAACCUUGGUAGUUCUUUUCCGUUUAAACUUUUACUUACUUAUAUUUUGGCUUAUUGUUAUAUGAAAAAACGUGUGCUUUCCUGAAUGUAGAGAUUGAAAAAAGUGAAGGGUUUGGGAAAGUUGAAACGACUCCUACAAAUCACUAUUAACUACUUGUAAUACUUUUCUUCGAUGUUCCAAACCCUUUACUUUUUCAUUAUAUAUUAUUAUAUAUAUUUCAUAUUUAAAACAAAAUUACAUAUUACCACAUAGAACUAA